UUCUUUUCAAGAAAGAGAUGAGAUGAAAGUCCACCGAACCACCUCUACUUCUUCAUGAUUCAAUCCAAUCUCCCUUGCUCACCCUUCUUUCUUACGCGUCCACAUUUCGCUACACCUCUCUAAAAUCGUGUCAAUUUUGAUCCCUUUUUAAGUCUAAAGUCCACUCCAGCCAGAUUACAGUAGUGCAGAGGGUCUUAGCUUGUAAAGAAAUCAACUACUACUUUGCUACUUUUUUAUAUUAUUCUUUUCUUUUUUUAAAAAUUUUUUUGUCAAGAACCCAUCAACCUUUUUAGUUCCCUUUACUUUAUUGUGGGAUAGUAUUGUUUAUUGUAAUCAUUAUUGUUAUAUUAUUCAUUUUUCUUUCCAUUGCCCAAUUGGGUUUUUUGGGGUGUUUUUAAAUAGUGCUUUUCUCAAUGUGGAGGGUUGUUUAACCUUUGCUUUUGGGUAUCUUCUGAUGGUGGUUACAUUCGAACAUUUUCGCAUUAGGCUUUGGGGGUUGUGAGAUUUCCAAGAUUGAGUUUUUGGCUGGAAAAGGGGGGCUUUUGGCACUGAAAAAUUGAUUGUUGAAGUGGGUUAUUGUGGGAUUCUGAAGAGUUUUUGUAAGGUGCAAAAUGGUGAUGGAUACAGGUGGGAGGCUUAUUGCUGGUUCUCAUAACAGGAAUGAGUUUGUACUCAUCAAUGCUGACGAUAUUGGAAAGAUUAAAUCUGUGCAAGAAUUAAGUGGACAGAUAUGCCAGAUUUGUGGGGAUGAAGUGGAGAUUACUGUUGAUGGAGAACUCUUUGUGGCCUGCAAUGAAUGUGCUUUCCCCGUUUGUAGGCCGUGCUAUGAAUAUGAGAGAAGAGAGGGGAAUCAAGCUUGCCCUCAGUGCAAAACCAGAUAUAAGCGUAUCAAAGGUAGUCCAAGGGUUGAGGGGGAUGAGGAAGAGGAUAAUAUUGAUGAUCUCGAACAUGAGUUUGAUUACAACUAUAUUGAUUCUCUAAGUCCGCCACAUGCUGUGGGGGCAGCUGGACGGCAUGCCCGUGGUGUUGAGGCAAGUUCAUCUGGAGGUGGCAUCGCAGGACACAAUUCAUCCCAUGGUCUUGAUAUUCCUCUAUUGACCUAUGGCGAAGAGGAUGCUGAAAUUUCUUCAGAUCAUCAUGCCCUUGUUGUACCCCCAUUUGCUGGCCAUGCAGCUGGUUCACAUUCACCCGCUUUUCCUGAUCCAUCAGCAUCUUUGCAACGAAGGCCAAUGGUUCCCGAGAAAGACAUUGCACUAUAUGGAUAUGGAAGUGUUGCAUGGAAGGAUCGGAUGGAGGAUUGGAAGAAAAGGCAAAAUGAUAAACUCCAAAUGGUCAAGCAUGAAGGAGAAAAUAACUCUCGCAAUUUUGAUGGUGGUGAAUUUGAUGAUCCUGAUUUGCCAAUGAUGGAUGAAGGGAGGCAACCACUGUCAAGGAAAUUAUCGGUGGCUUCAAGCAAAAUAAGUCCGUAUAGAUUAAUAAUUAUACUCCGCCUUACUGUUCUGGGCUUAUUUUUCCAUUACAGAAUCCUCCAUCCAGUUCAUGAUGCAUAUGGCUUGUGGAUGACAUCAGUUAUCUGUGAAAUAUGGUUUGCUUUAUCAUGGAUUCUUGAUCAGUUUCCGAAAUGGUACCCCAUAGAGCGAGAAACAUACCUUGAUCGGUUAUCUCUCAGGUAUGAGAAAGAGGGAAAGCCAUCUGAGCUAGCAGAUCUUGACAUCUUUGUCAGUACUGUGGAUCCCAUGAAAGAACCUCCACUGAUCACUGCAAACACUGUUCUAUCUAUACUGGCAGUGGAUUAUCCAAUUGAAAAAGUUGCAUGUUAUGUCUCAGACGAUGGUGCUGCGAUGCUUACUUUUGAAGCACUUUCUGAAACCUCUGAAUUUGCCAGAAAAUGGGUUCCCUUCUGCAAGAAGUUUAAUAUUGAGCCACGGGCUCCAGAAUGGUAUUUUUCUCAGAAGAUUGACUAUCUGAAAAACAAAGUUCAUCCAGCAUUUGUGAGGGAGAGGCGAGAAAUGAAGAGAGAAUACGAAGAAUUUAAAGUUCGAAUAAAUGGUUUGGUUGCUACAGCCCAAAAGGUUCCAGAGGAAGGGUGGACAAUGCAGGAUGGUACCCCCUGGCCUGGUAACAAUGUUCGAGACCAUCCUGGUAUGAUCCAGGUAUUCCUUGGGAAUGAUGGUGUUCGUGAUAUUGAAGGAAAUCAGUUACCGCGCCUGGUCUAUGUUUCUCGUGAAAAAAGGCCUGGGUUUGAUCACCACAAAAAAGCAGGAGCAAUGAAUGCUUUGGUGCGGGUUUCAGCAGUCAUCUCGAAUGCUCCUUAUCUUCUCAAUGUUGACUGUGAUCACUACAUCAAUAAUAGCAAGGCUCUCAGGGAAGCCAUGUGUUUCAUGAUGGACCCCACUUCGGGGAAGAAAGUUUGCUAUGUGCAGUUUCCACAAAGAUUUGAUGGGAUUGACCGUCAUGACAGAUACUCAAAUCGGAACGUCGUUUUCUUUGAUAUCAACAUGAAGGGAUUAGAUGGAUUGCAGGGACCAAUAUAUGUAGGAACUGGUUGUGUUUUCAGAAGGCAAGCACUUUAUGGUUUUGAUGCUCCUGUCAGUAAGAAGCCUCCCAGCAAAACCUGCAAUUGUUUGCCCAAGUGGUGCUGUUCAUGUUGCUGUUCAAGCAAGAACAAGAAAGGAAAAGGAAAGAAAGAAAAUAAGAAGAAACUGAAGCAAAAGGAAGCCUCUAAGCAAAUACAUGCUCUUGAAACAAUUGAAGAAGGAAUUAAAAAAAUAAACCCUGAAAAUGCAUCUCAGCUUUCCCAAGUGAAACUUGAAAAGAAGUUUGGUCAAUCUCCGGUUUUUGUAGCCUCAACACUGUUGGAGAAUGGUGGAAUUCCUAAGGACGCUAGUUCUGCAUCCUUAUUGAACGAAGCUAUUCAUGUUAUCAGCUGUGGUUAUGAAGAUAAGACAGAAUGGGGAAAGGAGGUUGGCUGGAUAUAUGGUUCGGUCACAGAAGAUAUCUUGACAGGAUUCAAGAUGCACUGUCAUGGUUGGCGGUCUGUGUAUUGUAUACCCAAGCGGCCUGCAUUUAAGGGGUCUGCUCCAAUUAAUCUCUCAGAUCGUCUUCACCAAGUUCUUAGGUGGGCCCUCGGAUCUGUUGAGAUUUUCAUGAGCAGACACUGUCCAAUUUGGUAUGGCUAUGGAGGUGGACUGAAGUGGCUUCAACGACUUUCAUACAUAAACUCUGUUGUAUAUCCUUGGACUUCCAUUCCUUUGCUUGUGUAUUGUAUGCUGCCUGCCAUCUGCCUUCUCACUGGAAAAUUUAUUGUCCCUGAGAUUAGCAACUAUGCAAGUGUUGUAUUCAUGGCCCUCUUCAUCACCAUCGCUGUCACUGGUAUCCUUGAAAUGCAAUGGGGUGGUGUAGGAAUAGAUGAUUGGUGGAGAAAUGAACAAUUCUGGGUUAUUGGAGGUGUUUCCUCUCACCUUUUUGCUCUCUUCCAAGGAUUACUCAAGGUCCUGGGUGGUAUUGAUACAAAUUUCACCGUCACCUCCAAGGGAGGAGAUGAUGGAGAAUUCUCGGAGCUUUACAUCUUCAAGUGGACGUCACUGCUAAUUCCUCCAACAACUUUGUUGAUUGUAAACAUUGUUGGAGUUAUAGUUGGGAUAGCGGAUGCCAUCAACAACGGUUAUGAUUCUUGGGGUCCAUUAUUUGGUCGGCUAUUUUUUGCCUUCUGGGUUAUCCUUCACCUUUAUCCAUUCCUCAAAGGAUUGAUCGGGAAGCAAGAACGCACUCCAACAAUUAUCAUCGUCUGGUCUAUUCUUCUGGCUUCAAUAAUAACCCUUUUGUGGGUUCGAGUUAACCCAUUUGUUUCAAGGGAUGGCCCUGUACUAGAGAUCUGUGGAUUGAACUGUGACGAUUGAGACAUCUCGAGACACAGCUUUGCCUAACGUGCAUGAAACAAGAAUGCUGUUGGGAAUUUGCUUGUGCAGCCAGGCACACAGGUAAUGCUGGAAUGGUUUUGCAUGAUGAGAUAUAGCACGGGUAGACGGAAUAAGAUUCGAGUAUAGUUCGGAGGUGUAGAUACGAAGCAUUGUCAGCUGACCAAUUAUUUGUUCUAGAAUGGUUCCAUUCAUUCUUUUGUUGAAUACCUGUACGAGGUUUUUCGGUGUCCUUGUGUAAGGUUUGUCAGUGCAUAUAGUGUCACAAAGUUACCCCAUAUUGAAGGGGUCCUUAUAUCAGUGUCUGAAAUGUUAUACUCUGCAAAAGUGCUUUCUGUUAAUGGACUUUGUUACAACACUUCUGGUGGAAAAGCACAGGCAUUUGUUGUUGUCUCUACGAUCCUCCUAA